CUCUAUGCGGCACCACCCCCCGCCUGCCCCCAGCAAAGAUGGCGUGGCGAGCGCUGCGGUGGGUCGGGCCGGUCUUGGUGCCGCGCUGUCCGCGCCUCUCGCCGCCGCCGCGGGUGCCUGUGGCCCGCAGGUUGGCCACCAGCUCGCUGGUGCUGUCCGCCCGCAAAUUCACAGACAAGCAUGAGUGGAUAUCCGUUGAAAAUGGCAUUGGAACAGUAGGAAUCAGCAAUUUUGCACAGGAAGCAUUAGGAGAUGUUGUUUACUGUAGUCUUCCAGAAAUUGGGACAAAAUUGAAUAAACAUGAUGAGUUUGGAGCUUUGGAAAGUGUGAAAGCUGCUAGCGAACUCUACUCUCCUCUCUCAGGAGAAGUGACAGAGACUAAUGCUGCCCUUGCAGAUAAUCCAGGGCUUGUCAAUAAAUCUUGUUAUCAAGACGGUUGGCUUAUCAAGAUGACUGUGGAAAACCCUGCUGAACUUGAUGAACUGAUGAGUGAAGAUGCCUAUGAGAAGUAUAUAAAAUCCAUUGAGGACUGAACUGGAAUAAUGAAAUAAAUCCAUAUAAAAUAUUUCAGUGUAGUUUGUCAUCAAUCAGUGAAGUACAGAAUAUCCAGUUUUGGCAACCUGAAAAAUACCACUUGUGAUCACAUAUGCAAGGCCAUAAAUAACUGCAGUGAUAAAAAUGUUUAACAUCUGCAUACCUGCAAGGGCUUUUUAUUCUGUUGUCUGAUUUAUGUAACUUCAGGAUGUUAUAUUGAAUAAUUUGGGAAACAAAAUUUAUUUGCUAAAUAAAUACUUCCCAAGAUUCAUUUGACAAUCAUAUCUAGUAACAACAGCCUUAAUAUGGUAAUUCUGUAGUAGGCAUGCGAUUGGUCUCAUAACUUGGACUACAGCUUUCCCUGAAAUACUUUUCUGUUGCUCCCAAGAUACUGAAAAGCAGUGCCUUCCUAACCUCCUAAUAUUUAAUUAUAGUUGCAAAGGUGUGACCAAAAAAAGGAGAAGCCGUAUCAACUACCUCUUUGUGUGAUUUUUACUUAACAGAAUUAUUAAUCCUUUGUUUUCCUUCUGCAUUUUACUCUGUAAUCAAUUACAUACCUUUGAGGCAGAAGGUAUGGUCCUUGUCCCCUGAUUUAUAUGCUUUUUUUAGUAUGCAAACUCAUGCAAUGAUCGUUCACCAAGGUUCCAGAGUGGAUUGUUUAGGCUGUAUUUUUUUGUCUAGUAAACAUUACCUGUAUCACAAGUAAUUAAGGAAUUCUGCAUCUUGUGCCUAGCAAUUGUAGUGAUUUCCAAAGAGUAGAUACUUGUGCAAAUUUUAUUAUCAGUAAUAGUUUGACAUGUAACAUAGCCAUGUGUGUCUGUCUUUAAGCUCAAGUGGGCACACUGCUGUAAUGACAUCACAGGAAUGAAACUUUCACUUUGCAAACAAGUAAACUAAAUCAGCUGAUUCCAUUAGACUUAAUAUUUAAUGAAUCCACAAAUGUGCACUUAAAGUUGCUGUGACAUCUAAGGGUGAGUUGUACAGACCUGCACUUUAGGAAAACAAUAGUACAGCCGACUUUUGGUCUAAAACUUUUUUCCAUGAUUUUAAAGUAGUGAUUAGAAGCUAAGCACAAAACAGGGAAGAAAACCAAGUAUCCGUAAGUUGAUCUAAGAGGAAGCAGGGGAGUGUUUAAUCUAUAUAAGAUGACAAAGGCAAAAUUCAUAUUCCUUGGGAAGUUCCUUCUAACGGGCAGAAAUACAGUGCAGGUUAUACAGAAACCAUUCUAAUGCAGAAAAAUGUAGGGCUUUCUUUUACCAUCUGAAGGGAUGUGAAAGUAAUUGGUGUUUUCUCUGAAGUCCUAGGAGCUAAUUUUUCACAGAUAAAAGCCCUGCCAAGAGAGACUACUGUGUAAGAUAAAACUUUCUUCUCCAGAGGAGUUAAACUGUGAGGUGACUAAGAGGAAAGAGCGGGUUUGACUGUUCCACAGGAAUCUGAGCUUAGCAGGGGCUGAUAAACAAAAGGCUCCACUAAACCUAGUGCAAGUGCUUUAAAAACUGUCAGUACUUAUCUAUUAUUCACAGUAUCAUGCAGUAUUUAUUGAGACAACAUUCUGGGCCCAGAGUGCUGGGAGCUUGAUCCUAGCCUCUCACAGACUCCCUAUGUCCGUUUGGAUCUUUGGCCUCCCUGUGCACUUUCCAGAGGGAAGGAGAAAGCUUGUUUUAAAUUAGAGUGAGAGCAGGCAAAUGGAGAUAGGAAUGCAUGAAAAUGUUUCAAUUUGAUACUGUUCCUUCUACCCCUUUUUCCAACUUUAUCAGUGAGUAAUGGACCCUUCGUUCACUGCCAUCUAAUAUCUGACCCUUGUGGAUCUCCCUUUAAAGGUUAGUCCAGAGCAUUGUAAUGCAUUUUAUAUAAUUUUUCCCUUUGAAUGUUUAUAUUUUUUUUCCUUUUGAUCAAUGAAAUAGUAAUUUCUGUAAUCCCCAAAGGAACCUGGGGAAUAGUAAAAACUGGCAAAUCUGAUCUCUUCCUCAAGCUUUGCCCUCAUCUGUGUAUUAGCAGUGUUUAUAAGGUUACACGUGAGCAUGGACAAAUGACAACUUUCUGGAGAAACCAUCUGAAACAGAAUUCAACCUUUCUUGCAUGGUGUACCAGUGGAGAAUGGAUGUUCUUUUCCUUGAAGAGGAGGAGCAGGAACCUCUCUGGCCCUAGUUCUUUUAGGGUUUUAUAUGACCUUAAAGCAACAUGAUUAAAUUUCCUAAUUCUCUUAAAAUGGGAACAGUAACACUUAGGUGCUUUUCUGGUGUGGUUUAUGCUGACGGCUCUGGUGUUCUGCAGUCAUUUAGGCUAAAGAAUGUCUAUCAGAGCUAAUACUUUUAUAUCUUUCUACAAUCCACUCAACUACCUGAACUCUGCUGCCAAAAGAAUGUGUUCUCGUUUGAUGAAUGCUACCCAAGCAGAGCUCCUAGCUUGCAAAUAAUCCUGUAACCUCCCUAUGUUCAGCAGCAGCAAGAAGCCUGAGGCAGACCACCAUGCACCUAUUGGAGCCAGCCUCUGGGAGAGCACAAAUGCACAACUUGCCAAGGUGUAUCUGUGAUGAAUGCCUUUCAUCAAAAUAAAAAGAUGGAGUGAAUGUGUAUUAGCUUUGGUCUGUGCCACAAUUUUCAAUGCUUUUGUAUAAAUCGUAGGGGAAAACAUCAAACUUGUUCACCAGUGUGUGCUCCUACAGAAAAUGAAUAAAGGAGAUGAUUUUUUACAAAA